UAUAUGAUGUGCCUGAAAGUCAAGAUACUCCUUUGAGAUUCACUACUCACUUUUGCAAAUCCAUUCCCAUAAAACUGCCAAGUGCAAAGAGGGAGCUCAAGAUCAACAACAACAACAAGCAAACAUGGCUGAUGAACCAGGGAAGAUAGUUAUACCCUCAAUAGUGCAAGAGCUUGUGGCCAGUGUGCAUGAGCCACCUAGUCAGUAUGUGGUUCGUGAGCAAGACCGUCACACCAUGGCUGGCUCUGAGAUGCCUGAACCCAUCCCCAUCAUUGAUCUGAGCCGUCUGUCUGCCUCUGACAACAGCGCUGAUGAGGUUAUCAAGCUGCAGUCUGCCUUGGAAAACUGGGGCCUCUUCCUGGCUGUUGGACAUGGAAUGGAGCCAAGUUUUCUUGGUGAGGUGAUGAAAGUGAUGAGAGAAUUUUACAAGCUCCCACAGGAAGAUAAGCAAAAGUACACAAACUUGGUGGAUGGCAAGGGGUUCAGGAUGGAAGGAUAUGGAAAUGACGUGGUCAUUUCAGAGAAGCAGACCCUAGACUGGUGUGACCGGUUGUACCUCGUAGUCGAACCCGAGUCCAAGAGAAUCUAUAGCAUGUGGCCAACACAUCCUCCUUCUUUCAGAGAUAUCCUAUCCGAGUACACAGUCAGGUGCAGGGAGAUCGCCAAUCUUGUACUUGGGAACCUGGCCAAGCUGCUCAAUUUACACGAGGACUACUUCAUCAAUACGCUCAACGAGAAUGCCAUGACCUAUGCCAGGUUCAACUACUACCCUCACUGUCCCAAACCAGACCAAGUCUUCGGCCUGAAGCCCCACACAGAUGCCACUGUGACCACAAUUGUCUUUAUCGAUGAAAACGUCAGUGGGCUCCAGCUGCAGAAAGGUGGAGUUUGGUACAAUGUGCCAAUAGUUCCGAAUGCAUUACUUGUGAACACAGGAGAUGCAAUGGAGAUACUGAGCAAUGGAUUCUUCAAGAGCCCGGUUCACAGGGUUGUGACCAAUGCCGAGAAAGAGCGGAUGUCAUUGGUUAUGUUCUAUACAAUGGACCCGGAGAGCGAGAUUGAGCCAGUGCCAGAGCUGGUGGAUGAGAAGAGGCCAAGACGUUAUAGGAAGAUAAAGACCAAGGACUAUAUGAAAGAACUCUUCGAAACUUUUGCGAGAGGGACACUAGUCAUUGAUACAGUGAAGAUCUGAAUGUGAUUUGGAGUGCAUUUGAUUGUGCUGAAGUUUCUUCCAACCGAUCUGUCCUUUCUUGAAUUGGUUUAUCUUUCAACUUUCCAAUUAGAAUAUGCUAUGUUUUACCAUAUAUGUGUGCACUUUGACAUCAUUGUAUGCCCUCUGCAGACAACUUCAUACCUCUUUCAAUUCAAGUGUCACCCAACUGUUCUACAGUUUCUUCUA